AUGUCGGUCAACUUCUCGCAAAAAUCGCCCCUUCCUCGGAUUAAGCAUUUGCAAUUGGGAGAUACAGUAGGCCAGGGAUCAUUCGCAUUUGUAAAAAGAGCAUGUUUGGAAACGGAUCCUAAUACAGUCGUGGCCGUGAAAUUCGUACACUUACCGACAUGUGCUAAGCAUGGCCUGAGCGAGGAAGAUGUCACACAAGAAGUUAUUUUACAAUCAAAAUGCAGCGGGCACCCGAACGUUCUUAAGGUUAUAGAUUGCAAUCUGAGCAGGGACUUUCUCUGGAUCAUAAUGGAAAUGGCCAGUGGAGGCGACCUCUUCGACAAAAUAGAACCAGAUGUCGGCGUUGACGCUGAGGUUGCUCGAUUCUACUACAAGCAAUUAAUCAAUGCCUUAGACUACUUGCAUCGAGACUGUGGUAUAGCUCAUCGCGAUGUAAAACCAGAAAACAUCCUACUUGAUAGAAACGGGAACCUGAAACUAGCUGAUUUUGGAUUGGCAUCUAAAUUCAGGCGUAAGGAUGGUACUAAAAGAGUUUGUACGGACACACGCGGUAGUCUGCCAUAUAUGGCUCCCGAAAUAGUGUAUUCGCGUGGGUAUUAUGCAGACUUGACCGAUGUUUGGUCUUGCGGUAUCCUGCUUUUCGUUUUACUGACAGGAGAGACUCCUUGGGAUAUACCAAGCGAAGAAGAUGACCACUUUCGCGAGUUUUGGGUCAAUCGCGGGAAAUUGACUAGCGGACCCUGGGCUAAACUUGAUUUUACUGAGCUGAAUUUGCUGCGAAAAAUCUUGCAGCCUGAACCAACCGAAAGAUAUAGUCUGGAUCAAUUGAAAUCACACAGUUGGUAUACUAAUCCCACAGCGUUUGCUAACGAAGCAGGAAUAUGUGCAAACCCGCGAAUGCUGUCAGAAAAGCUGAUGAGCAGGCUUCACAUCUCCCUCAAUGAUGAUGCAAUUCCUCAAAAUAACCUCAAAAUCUUUAAUGGUGAGGCACCGCAACACACUUCAACUCAACCAGCAGGUUCACACGGCGCACAUCUUCAACGAGAUUUUUCAUGUAUGGAAAAGUUCGCUGCAAGCCAACUUGGUGUAUCAUAUCAGGCCUCCCACGAAAGCGCUGGCUCAGAUGUCCUUUAUUGGAGUCAGCAUAUUCAACAAGACAUGGCCACGCAGCAGUUUUGCGAGUUCACCGAGAGGAACGCUUCUUUUUUGAAUCCUGCAAAAUUAACCAAGUUUUACUCUACUCAAGAUGUUGGGACUAUCUUGAAUACUUUGGAGCUAGCACUACUGACACUAAAAAUACCUGUAUCCACGGGUCUGAUCAGGUCCUUCAGCAAGUUGACCCAGACCUGUGGUCACGAAGAUGUUUUUCCUCUGACCAUCCAGGUGAAAACAAAAGACAGAAAGGGCUGGGACCUGUCUGGAAACAUAACGUUAUUCUAUCUAGAAAGAUACGUUGUGUUAUUAUACUUCAACAGGAGAAAGGGUGAUCCGCUAGAAUGGAGGAGGCUUUUCCGCUCAAUAAGUGUGCUAUGCCGCGACCUCAUUUUCAUACCUUAG